UUUCUUCCUCAGAAAUACCCACCUUACAUUUCGUCAGGCAUCCCUUUCCUGGGGCAUGCGAUAGCGUUUGGAAAAAGUCCCAUUGAAUUUUUGGAAAAUGCUUAUGAACAGUAUGGGCCUGUCUUCAGUUUCACUAUGGUUGGCAAGACGUUCACGUACCUUCUGGGCAGUGAUGCUGCUGCUCUACUCUUCAAUAGUAAAAACGAAGAUUUGAAUGCAGAGGAUGUAUACUCUCGGUUAACCACCCCAGUCUUUGGCAAGGGAGUUGCGUAUGAUGUCCCUAAUAUGGUGUUCUUGGAGCAGAAGAAGAUGCUCAAAACUGGCCUAAAUAUUGGCCAGUUUAAACAGCAUGUGUCUGUGAUUGAAGAAGAAACAAAGGAGUAUUUCAAAACAUGGGGAGAGAGCGGAGAAAAGAAUCUGUUUGAAGCCCUUUCAGAACUAAUCAUUUUGACAGCAAGUCAUUGCUUACAUGGGAAAGAAAUAAGAAGCUUACUGAAUGAGAAGGUGGCUCAGCUGUAUGCUGAUUUGGAUGGGGGAUUUACUCAUGCUGCCUGGCUUCUGCCAGGUUGGCUACCUCUUCCUAGCUUCAGACGACGAGAUCGAGCGCACAGAGAAAUAAAGAAUAUCUUCUAUAAGGUUAUCCAGAAACGUCGGAAGUCUGAGGAAAAGGAAGAUGACAUGCUCCAAACUCUACUUGAUGCUUCCUAUAAGGACGGCCGUCUCCUGACAGAUGACGAAAUUGCUGGCAUGCUUAUUGGGUUGCUGUUAGCAGGGCAGCACACGUCCUCCACCACUAGUGCCUGGCUUGGCUUCUUCCUAGCCAGAGACAAGUCAAUACAGGAAAAGUGUUAUGCAGAACAGAAAGCAGUUUGUGGAGAUGACUUGCCGCCAUUAACUUAUGAACACCUGAAGGAUCUCAGUUUGCUGGAUCGCUGUCUAAAAGAAACUUUACGGCUGAGACCGCCUAUAAUGACUAUGAUGAGAAUGGCCAAAACUCCUCAAACUGUUGCUGGGUAUAGUAUUCCUCCUGGCCAUCAGGUCUGUGUGUCUCCCACUGUUAACCACAGACUGAAGGACUCAUGGAAAGAUGCUCUAGACUUCAAGCCUGACCGGUAUCUCCAAGAUAACCCAGCAGCGGCAGAGAAAUUUGCAUAUGUUCCAUUUGGUGCUGGCCGUCAUCGCUGUAUUGGAGAAAAUUUUGCUUAUGUUCAGAUUAAAACCAUUUGGUCUACUUUGCUUCGUUUAUAUGAGUUUGAUCUCAUCAAUGACUAUUUCCCAACUAUAAAUUAUACAACAAUGAUACACACACCUAAUAACCCAGUAAUCAGAUAUAAGAGGAGGUCACUCUGAGUUCUGGAGCAAAAAAACCUUAUCUAUCUAUUUAAGUUGCGUGAACUAACACACUUUUGAAUAAAACUAUGGCAAAAUGCAGGGCAAAUGGGAACUGUUCUAUCUACUGUGUAUGAAAGCCAUCUGCCAACUGUGAUGUUCUUUGCAUUUAUUAAAUUUGUUUUUCCAUACCAUUUAAUGCUGCUGUAUGUAAUUGCUUGUUUUACAACUUUUAAAUGAAAAACUGUCUGUCUCUUCUCUUUGUGUAACACACUUGAAGUGCAUGCCAACUCUUUCCUUAAAGCUGAAGAAAUAACAAGAUAUUUCUACAAACUGAUAUCUUUGUUUCUAAAACAUGGUUAGAAGUUGUUUUUUCCCUCUUAAGGGGUAAGACUACGUAUGUUGCCUCUGUAUCUGAUUCCGGUAAAUCAGGUAACAGGCACUAAGGUGGAAGGUACUUCCUUGGUGCUCUACUUUGAGAACAGGACUGCAACUACUGAAGUGAAGUGAACUGUCUCUGGUCUUGGCUCAUUCCUGAAAAUUCCUACAUGCUUAUUUAAACAUUGUCACAGUACAGAUGAUGAGUACUGAGCAGACUACAAAAAUACUUGCAGAAGAAAUUUUUCUGAGAAUAAAUAAUUUUUAUGUAUGUCUCAUUGGAAGCAGCUGUAAAAUGGUUAGGUUCAAAAACCAGCAAAUCCUUUUCUAGAAACAAUUUUGAAAACUUUUCAUACUUGUAUCAGGUUAACAGGACAAUGGUACAAACAACUUACUUUGUGAAUACCUAUUUCAUGUAUAGAGUGGUCAAGGAAAAUGAAGUGUGAAUGUUGUUUCCCUUUGUACUGACUCAAACAGGAUUGUUAAAUGGUGUUUGUUUAAACAAUGCUAAUAAAGGGUAAUGAGCUCUGGCUCAUAGAACA